ACUGUGGUAACUAGUGACGACCGAAGGGGAGCGGAACCGGAAGCUGAACCGGAAGUGACUACACGGAAACGGCACUGCUGCUGACAACAACAGCAUUACGCUCGGGGAUAUCUCCCUUCUCCUUAACGUAGGUUAGAGACAGACGGAUUGCAUAUAUGAACUUGGAAACAUGUACAAUUUUCGGGGUAAUGAAGCGCACAAUAUCGGGAAAAGUUAAAGUGCACAAGUUGGUGAGGAAUUGCAAGCUAUCUUUCUGCUGUGUUUUAGCUAAGCAGGCUAACUAGCUAGCUAACGGCUCCAGGAAAGAAAAUGAAGGAGGUGAAGGGUUGCGGUAUGCGGUCCUCUGUGGGCUUUCUGUCUCAGAGAAGGCUUUUCGGGAACCCGCUGAUGAAGGAAGAAUUUCAGAGACUCCGGUUGGCAGGAUGCACAAGCCUUUACAAGAAAGAUAUGCUGGGACAUUUCGGGUGUGUAAACGCCAUUGAGUUUUCCAACAAUGGAGGGGAAUACCUUGUGUCCGGAGGGGACGACCGCAGAGUGCUGCUGUGGGAUAUGGAGAGAGUUCUCCAUGCUCGCUCGGCCAAGCCUCUCAUACUGAAGGGAGAACACCUCUCCAACAUCUUCUGCCUGGCCUUCGACAGCACCAACAAGAGGGUGUUCUCUGGGGGUAACGACGAACAGGUCAUCCUCCAUGAUGUAGAGCAAGGCGAGACUCUGAACGUGUUCCUUCACGACGAUGCGGUGUACGGCCUGUCCGUCAGCCCCGUUAACGACAACGUGUUCGCCAGCUCCUCCGACGACGGACGGGUCCUCAUCUGGGACACACGGCAGCCGCCACACGGAGAGCCCUUCUGUCUGGCCAACUACCCAUCAGCCUUCCACAGUGUGAUGUUCAACCCGGCAGAGCCCCGACUACUGGCUACAGCCAACUCCAAGGAGGGUGUGGGGCUGUGGGACAUCCGCAAGCCUCGCACUUCUCUGCUGCGGUACGGUGGUAGCAUGUCCCUGCAGAGUGCCAUGUCGGUGCGUUUUAACAGCGCAGGGACCCAGCUCCUGGCCCUGCGUCGCAGACUACCCCCGGUCCUCUACGAGCUACACUCUCGCCUACCCAGCUUCCAGUUCGACAACCAGGGCUACUUCAACUCCUGUACCAUGAAGAGCUGCUGCUUCGCUGGAGACAAGGAUCAGUACGUCUUGUCUGGAUCAGAUGACUUCAACCUUUACAUGUGGAGAAUCCCCAAGGAUCCUGAAGCAGGAGGCCCGGGGCGUGUGGUCAACGGAGCGUCCAUGGUCCUGAAGGGUCACCGGUCCAUCGUGAACCAAGUCCGGUUCAACCCCAGCACCAAUAUGAUCUGCUCCUCCGGGGUCGAGAAGGUCAUCAAGGCGUGGAGCCCCUACCAGCAGACAGAGAGUCUGGGCGACCUGGAUGGUUGUGUGGAGGAUAAGUCCAGGAGUCUGUACAGCCAUGAGGAGUAUAUCAGUCUGGUGCUGAACAGCAGCAGCGGUCUGAGGCACGACUACGUCUCACAGGAGGAUCCUCGUAUGAUGGCCUUCUUUGACUCUCUGGUUCGUCGGGAGAUCGAGGGCUGGAGUUCGGACUCAGACAGUGACCUGAGUGAGGGGGCCAUCCUGCAGCUCCACGCCAGGGGACGACGCUCCACGCGGGCUGUAGGAGACGGCGCCGGGGUCCUGGUUGGUGCUGCUUCACCUGUACAUCCCGCUGCUGCUAUGGGUGACUCGGACCACUCCUCCUCAUCCUCAUUGGCUGCACCCGAAGCCUUGGGGGCGGAGCCGCUGCUGCCCAGGAGUCGUCAGCGACAUCACCAGUCUGCGUUCUUAUUGGACCUGGUGGGAGAGGACUCUGAUUCCUCUGGGUUCUGGCUGGACCCCAUGCCACGCCCCAGCCCCCGAGACAACUCCACCCUCUCCAGCCCCACAUCCUCCCCCGCUGGGGCCUCCUCCAGCUCCUCCACCACCUCCUCCACCAGCUCUGAGGACGAGGAGCGCCGCAGGGUCAGCACCAGGCAACGCAACGCCGCACGGAGGCGCCGCAUGCACUUCCCCUGCAGGCCCAGUGGAGGGCGCCCUGAGUCCGCCCAGGCCCUGUACCCCGGGGGGGUCGACUCCUGCUCCUACCCCAAGAUCUCCAUGGAUGAGGCCUCAUCCUCCUCCGCAUCCUCCAUGGAGCUGCAGCAGGGCCGGGACUCGGUCCAGAUCGGACCCCACAGAAGGAGCUCGAAAACGGGGAGAUGUGCCAGCAAUUCGGGCAGACUUACCGGUUCCAGCCUUGCAGUGUCUCUGGACAGCCAAGACGACCUUCUCAUCACCUCUCAGGAAACCCUGCAGCAGAGGACCGAGUCCCGGGAGGGAGGGGUGACGGGGGCUGCUUUAGAGAGGAUGGACAACAGUAGCUGGGUCUCCUCUUCCUCCAGACAUCACCACAGCCCCCACCAGACUGAGAUGACUGAAGUGCCAGUAGACCGUCUGGCUUCAGACCUGUUUGCGUCCCCAGAUUCCAGGGGGGAGAGGGAGGCCUUGGCCGGGAAACAAACGGACACUAGGAACCAGGAAGAGGAAGAGGCAGAGGCAGGGCUGUCUUCUCAGAGAGGCCAGGCCCCGACCCAGGGGGCGCUAAAACGGACUCACCUGGGGUCCGGAGGUCAAGGGUCAGGGGAGGGGUUAGAGAAGAAGUUGAAGAGAUGAUGAUGACGCCUGUCGUGGGAAGGUGAUCAUUUGGUGAAUGACUGAUGUUGUCCCACAUUACCCUAUUCCCCGUGGCCCUCAAACCUCUCCUCUCCUCUGGGACGUUGCACACCAUCGUUGUAGCCCUGAACUACCUCAUCUGAUUCACCUUGUCAAGGGCUUGAGGGUUAGUUGACUAGUUAAAUCAGGUCUGCUAGCUCUGGUAUAGAUUAAAUACAUGGAACAACUGGGGGGGUCCCAGUAACACUGGCCCAUGGAACAACUGAGGGGUCCCAGUAACACUGGCCCAUGGAACAACUGGGGGGCCCAUGGAACAACUGGGGGGUCCCAGUAACACUGGCCCAUGGAACAACUGGGGGGUCCCAGUAACACUGGCCCAUGGAACAACUGGGGGGUCCCAGUAACACUGGCCCAUGGAACAACUGGGGGGUCCCAGUAACACUGGCCCAUGGAACAACUGGGGGGUCCCAGUAACACUGGCCCAUGGAACAACUGGGGGGUCCCAGUAACACUGGCCCAUGGAACAACUGGGGGGUCCCAGUAACACUGGCCCAUGGAACAACUGGGGGGGUCCCAGUAACACUGGCCCAUGGAACAACUGGGGGGGUCCCAGUAACACUGGCCCAUGGAACAACUGGGGGGGUCCCAGUAGCACUGGCCCAUGGAACAACUGAGGGGUCCCAGAGGAGAGGUCUGAGUAACACCACUUUUCACCAGGAGCCAAUAGUCAACAGUAGUAUACUAUGUAAAGGAAAGGGGGUCAUUUCGGAUGCAAAUCUGGCUUUUCGUUUGUGUUUUUUACAGUCCAGGUUCUUGGUUUGGUGACACUAAAAAGGGUGUCGCAAUUUAUAAUUUUUGCGCCAUUGGGACGUGCAUUCUGCUAAGAGUAGAACACAGUGGCUAUGAGGGCUUGGCCCUCUGUCUGUCAAUCAGAACAUACUGGAUAAUGAUUGGUCCAAUAUUACUGGGGCAGCAAUGCAUUCUGGAACUUCUAGAAAUUGUCAUCACUUCUGAGGUCAAACCAAUAGAUGACAUUAAAUAUUACAAGAUCCAAAAAUAUGUAAUAACAUUGACAAUGGUUUUGUGAAUGCACUACUAGUUAGUCAUUUAGUCUUAAGGCAGAACUUGUAUUUUUGUUUAAAACAUUUUUACAUUAAAAUAUGGCCGGUUUAGUUUUUUUGUUGUUGAAGAAAACAGGUUCAGGACUAAAAGCUUUGAGUCAUUUAGAGUUUUCAGUGAGAUUCUUGGUGAAGUGUCAGCAUUUCUGUGGCUAAUCUGUUGUUGCCAUGCAAACAGCUGGCUAAUCUGUUGUUCCCAUGCAAACAGCUGGCUAAUCUGUUGUUGCCAUGCAAACAGCUGGCUAAUCUGUUGUUGCCAUGCAAACAGCUGGCUAAUCUGUUGUUGCCAUGCAAACAGCUGGCUAAUCUGUUGUUGCCAUGCAAACAGCUGGCUAAUCUGUCGUUGCCAUGCAAACAGCUGGCUAAUCUGUUGUUGCCAUGCAAACAGCUGGCUAAUCUGUUGUUGCCAUGCAAACAGCUGGCUAAUCUGUUGUUGCCAUGCAAACAGCUGGCUAAUCUGUUGUUGCCAUGCAAACAGCUGGCUAAUCUGUUGUUGCCAUGCAAACAGCUGGCUAAUCUGUUGUUGCCAUGCAAACAGCUGGCUAAUCUGUUGUUGCCAUGCAAACAGCUGGCUAAUCUGUUGUUGCCAUGCAAACAGCUGGCUAAACUGUUGUUGCCAUGCAAACAGCUGGCUAAUCUGUUG